AUGAAGGCCACAGUCAUUGCAAUCUUCUUUGGUGUGCUUCUUGUAUGUACGUAUGCAGCUAAGGAAGCCACAAGGAAGACGAAAAAGGCUAAGCUAUAUGUACCCCAGAUCGAUUGUGAUGUCAAGGCGGGGAAGAUAAUCAACGCAGAAUUCAUUGCAAAAUGCCCUCCUGGAUGUCAAGAUGUAAAAUACCGUGUUUAUGGCACAGACAUUUACGCUUCCUUUUCCAGUGUGUGCAAUGCUGCAAUUCACAGUGGAAUAAUCGACAACACAGGUGGGAAGAUCCUUGUCCAGAAAGUCGCUGGUCACUCAGGUUACCGCGGGACCUUCUCCAAUGGGGUCCGGUCGCUGUCACUGCCACGCUGGAGGGAGUCCUUCCUUGUGUCAGAGGGCAAGCCAAGGAAAGGUGUGACAUAUCCAUCAACUCUCGAAUAUUCUUCUUCAAAAAGCACAGCUGUUAAACCAGAGCCUAAAAAGCCAGAGCAAGACCUAAAAUCUACGAAGAGUGCAGAUACCGUUAACACACCAGAAAAACCAUCAGAACAAGGGGAAGCAGUCCGCAAAGAGUAUCAGACAUCCCCAGUGCCGACACCAGCUACACAAAUGGCCACCACAAGCCCAACACCAACGACCACAACAAUGGAUCCUUCCACCACAACACCAAAGCCAAUCACAACACCUGCAACAACCAGAACCACAGCAGUUGCAGCUGCAGCCAAGACUCGACCCGGACUGCAUAGGGUCAGAGACAUAGGUUCUAGCAAUGUCCACCCAGCAUACUUAUCUGUGGUAGCUGCAGCAUCAAGACAGGUUCAGGCUGCACAAGGAAGAGGACAGAAUACAGCAUUCAGGGGCGCUUCCACCUCUGCAAGUAAUAGGAAUAUUUUACGACCCAGUACAGGUAUUCAGCGCCAAGAGUCUGUCGUUGCCUUCCGGAGAGCUGCCAGCUCUUCAGCCCACCUGGCAAUGGAAACAGACUCGUGGAAACCUGGACUGAGCCUUUUUAACACAGGCUUCAGUUCAAAGGAAGAAUUGAAUCCAAAGCCACUGGAGUCCAUCUCGCAGGGGAACCCAAAUUGCAAGGUUGAUUUGUCCUUCUUGAUGGAUGGGAGCUGGAGUAUCGGUAAACGCCGCUUUCAGCUCCAGAAGCGGUUCCUUGGUAAUGUGGCUCAAGCCCUUGGCAUUGGCAGUGCUGGUCCUCUGAUGGGCAUUGUUCAGUAUGGCGAUGACCCUUCCACAGAAUUUAAUUUAAAAACUUAUGCCAACUCCAAGGACCUAAGAAGUGCCAUUGAGAAAAUCCCACAGAAAGGUGGACUUUCCAACGUUGGGAAGGCACUUUCAUUUGUUAACAAAAACUUCUUUUCGGAUGCUAAUGGAAAUCGAGGUGGAGCACCCAAUGUGGUUGUAGUGAUGGUGGAUGGGUGGCCAACGGACCAAGUGGAGGAGGCCUCCAGGCUGGCCAGAGAAUCAGGGAUCAACAUUUUCUUUGUCACUAUUGAAGCAGCUGCUGAAAGUGAGAAGCAGAACAUUAUCGAACCAAACUUUGUGGACAAGGCUGUGUGCAGGACAAACGGUUUCUAUUCCAUCAACGUGCCCAGCUGGUUCAGCCUACACAAGGUGGUCCAGCCCUUGGUGAAGCGGGUCUGUGACACUGACCGACUGGUUUGCAGCAAGACGUGCCUCAAUUCAGCCGACAUCGGUUUCGUCAUCGAUGGCUCCAGCAGCGUCGGCACCAGCAACUUCCGCACAGUCCUCCAGUUUGUAGCCAACAUCAGCAAGGAGUUCGAGAUUUCGGACACCGACACCCGCAUCGGAGGCUAUGAGCAAAGGCUCGAGUUCAGCUUCGACAAGUACAGCACGAAGCAGGAUGUGCUGAGCGCUAUCAAAAGGAUCAGUUACUGGAGCGGUGGGACCAGCACGGGAGCAGCCAUCAGCUAUGCCUCAGAGCAGCUGUUCAGCAAAUCCAAACCCAACAAAAGAAAGAUCAUGAUCCUCAUUACAGAUGGCAGGUCUUACGACGACGUCAGGGUGCCGGCCAUGGCAGCUCACCAAAACGGAGUUAUAGCUUACUCAGUUGGAGUUGCCUGGGCAGCCCAAGAUGAACUGGAAGCCAUCGCAACGGACCCUGAUAACGAGCAUUCCUUCUUCGUGGAUGAAUUUGACAACCUCUACCGCUUUGUUAAUCAGCUCAUCCAAAACAUUUGCACAGAAUUUAAUUCCCAGCCACGGAACUGA